UCAUAGUAUAACGAAAAAAUCAGACAUUUAUAUCCGUAACUUUUGGCUGACUACAUAAUUUUUGGAUGUAUCGCCAAAGAAAACAAAAAUUUGUAUCGCAGAGGGAUCAUACAAUAUUGUGGGACGUGUCGAUGAAAAUAAUAUAAUAGUUACACAUCAUCUGCGCAAGCGGCAGAAAUAUCCACGCUUCAAAACUGCCGAUAAAACAACGAAAUUCGAAUAUUCGGUGUGUUAUAUGAUAACGAUAACAGUGUAUUGAAUUUAAAAAGAAAUAUGUACAUAUGUAUAUCGAUAGGAUAAUUCGAGGCUCUUCGAUCAAAGCGGGAUGCAGCGACGUUUGAAUAAUGGUACUGCAUACUGGUUGCAGUGAGAGAAACGGGAGUUCUCUCGACGAUGAUACUGCACCCUCAGUUAGACUGCAGCAUAGCGUCGAGGAAUUUCCCCAAGUUAAAACAGAAAUAGUCGGACUAAGAGAAGAAAUAACGAAGCUGGGAUUCGCCGGCGUCCAUGAUCGUGGUGAGUCCGUCUCGUCUGCGUCCGUUGAUUGUCGGCUUCAACAGCUUCAACCUCGGCGAAAAAACGCGAGUAAAAGAUUUUCGCUGUUUCAUUGGUUCAAAAAAACGGCUAAUCCUACUGAUCCCGAAACCAACGAACAUCAGCGUCCUCGGGGAAACAAAGGAAACCCUAAAGGGUCAUCGAACUCUGUCAGGCAAAGUGUGAAUAUUCCAGUGACCACUGCAGCUCCGGGUAAUACGUCCCCGUGCAGCCUUUAUUCCAGUUCAUGCAGCGUUGAUACGUCCUGCAGUACGGCGACCGUCCAUAGCUUCACUUUUCGACCUGGCAAAAGUGAGACGAAAUUAUCAAACGGUAAUCUCAACUGUGAAUCGAUCGGAAAAUCCUUACGAAAUCGACGACGCGCCCGUUUUCAUCGUUUCCGUAAACACUCAUCGGCGGAUGAUUUCGCGGUGAGAUCGUCAUGCGGCAGUUGCCCUUUUGAUAGUGACGAUCCGUUAUCAUCUAAUAAUCCGGGUAGUUCCGGUAGAGCUGAAAAAACGAAUAAUAAUAACAAAUAUCGUGUCGUUAGCAGUGCCGCGGAUUUACCUUGCACCGGAAAAAUAAUUAGCGACAACAAGAACGACAACGGUUCGCCGACCAACGAAAAAAAAAGCGAACUCAUUAAACAAGAAUCACCGUUCUAUCAUUAUCGCAGUCUCCCAACUUCCGGUAAAAAUGCUGACCUAGCCAAUAAUUGCAAAAAAAGGUACUCUCACGUUAGAGGUAAACGUCGGGCCCCGAAACCACCAGGUGCAAUCAAUUCGGAGGAAACUAAGUGUAAGACAAAAUUCACGUCAUUUGCAGCAGCAGCGGCAAGUAGUGCAGAGAAUAAAACUUAUACAAUUAAUUCGUCCGGAGUUAAUUCUGUACGAAGGAAAAGACGAGCGCCGAAACCUCCAGGGGAUAAUCGUGAGCCUUCAGAAACAGCUGGAAAUAGUAAGAGAUGCCCUACGACGAUAUCAACGCUCACAGGCCCGGAGGGUUCAUCGUUGACGGAAUCGUCAAACCGAGAAAUUGGUGAAUCAGAAGUCACUGAAAAAAAUAAAAGUACAUCUGGUUGUUCAAAAUCCGCGGAUGAGCGUGAAAACAAAAAAGAUUCAGACCGGUAUUUAAUAAUCAGUAACGAUACCCUAAAACUAGAAGGCGGAGUUUUGCUUCCAACAAAAUCAAAUUCCACGUCACAAUUGUCGCAGACCGACACCGAUAAAGUUCCGGUUCGUUGUGAAUCUUCUUUGACAGAUAUGGACGUCUUGCAAGAUCGCUCUUCGGAUGACAAAUUAAAAAAGCAAAGUUCAUUGAUACAGGGUGAAAAUUUGCAAUCUAAUCACGUGGCUCCAAGGCCUUGGUACAAAAGAAGUAACACAACUUUAAGUGAAAGAGAUAUUUCCGGCUCUUUUAGAAGGGAUGUUCUCAAAAUUCCAACCCUCUCGAAAUCUCGGGAUAGAAACAGUCGGUUUUUCAGUCAUCAUGAGGCACCCGUCUCGAACCACGAAGCUGCCGUUGACGUCGUUUCAUUCGACAGAUCUUCAUUCUCAAGAAUAAACAAUUUUUUUGGGAGAACGACUGAUAGACGAGAUCACGAACAUGGUGGAAGAAAUCCUUCUAAAAAUAAGGAAGAAAAACGAAAAUCGAAUCUUUCAAUUCUGACUAACAUAAGCGAAUUGGAUAGGGAAGCUGCUGCUAUAGUCCAAGAAGAACAGGCCAGGAAUCAAGCAUUCCUUGCUAGAUCUUCAGGGUCGUUUCAAGCCGAGUUUGAAAACAGAACACCUAGUGGCGAAAUUAUAUCCGAAAUGGUUUCCUCGUCAGUUGAACCACAGCGGCGGGGGACCCGGGCACUGAUCUCUAAAUUCAAUGCAAUUAGCAACAUAACAAAGGUGACGGUGAACGCGACAUUCUUUGCUAAAUCUGGAGCCCAACAGAAUCAACCGUCAAAAAUUGACGUCGUUAGAAGAGAGCCGGCGCAGACGAGUAACCGGCUGAGCAGUUAUGAUCAAAAUAAUAGAAUCGUUACGAAAAGAUUAUUGUACGACGGAACCGAGCAAAUAAAUGAAACGGGGGAUGUUUCGUCCAUAAAUUUUUUUCGACGCCUCGAAGCCGAAGCCUGCAAUCAAACAAGAUCCAGCAGUGGUGAAAGGAAGAAUAUCGUUGAGGAUAUUCGAAGAACUGAACAAAGAUCCAGUGCUACAGGAUGGGAGGAAAAGAUAAAACGAUAUUUCCCCGAGAGGACAUCGUCUGCGGCUAACGGAAGCGAAAAACGGUCCAGAUCGAGAGAUCAAAAACCAACGGCUACAACAAAUCUGAGAAAGGAAGCUGCCGGAAAUUCUUACAAACAAAAACAAUCUAGAAGCGAUAAUUCUUCGCGGGUUGAUCACGCCUUCGAAUAUCGCGAUAACAGGACAAGCAGGCGGCUGCAACAGGAGGAAAAGUUAGACUCGGAAAAAAUAAUCGCUGUUAAUACAGUGGUGGAACAACUCUCACGAGCCGAUUUGAAAGAAAUGCUCAUAGAAAUGAAACACUCGUUGCCCAAAAGACCGAAAGCGAAAUCGGGGGCUAAAUCCGCUAAUCCUCCGACGACGAGCAGCGAACAAGUAGCUGCACCUUUCAGUGCGAUCAAUCCUAAGAAUGAACAGAGCUCACCCGUCUCCAGAUUAACGAACGACGAAAAAGUACAGAUUAAAUCCUCGAAAAUAUCCAUAGAUCAGAAGUCUAAAAUUGCCACUUCAAACCGCCUGAGUAAAUUAGAGUCAAACUUACGCUCUGCAGGAUCAUCGGGUGGUUCGCAACGCCCUGAAGAAAAAGUAGUUCAAAUCCUACAACAGCAGGGGCUGAAAUCGAAUAAAGUGUCGUCAGCCGCUCAGACUAGUGCCAAUUUGCGGAAAAUCGAUCAGAAUCCAACUGGGGAGAAACUCAACGAUCGGCAUAAUCCUAAGUCCGGAUGGAAACGCGAUGAAACGAUAUGCACUGCGACCGGAAGAAAGAUCAUCGGUGCGGGCCUGACCCGAAAUACUUUUCAGCUGAUAAGACCCAGAGAUUUCGCCUGUAUCGAGGCUCUGAAAACUGAAAAAGGAACUGCGGUAAAAGAUGGUCAAAAUACAUACAUGAACGUGAUUGAAGACUCGCUUUACGCAAAUACCGUGAUUACAAACCCAUCCAAUAACUCAUUGCCGGAAGAUAAUAGCGUUAAGAAUUACAAAAUUGGUGCAGUUGGAGGAAGCGCAAUUGCGAAUAAUGAAAAGAAAAUUGUCAGCGAUAAUAAACCCGAAAAUAUACAACACUUCGUUACGGAGGUCAAGGUAGAAGAAGAGAAACAGAAACCGAGAAUUCUGACCUCGGGCAAUCCCAAGACCGGUACAGAUCAAGAAGCUGAUGAAGAGAAGCCGAAUCCGGAAACGAACAUGAACACCGUAGCGAUAAACCGAUUGCUUCGAAAAUUGGAAGGUGCAAUCGCAUCUGGUCAACAUCAACAAGCUGCUGGGCUUGCCAAGGAACUUGCACAGUUAAAAAUCCACUGUUCGGUAAUCCGACAACGGUCUGGUAACGUCAAAACAUCGGAUAUAAUCACCGUAGACAUGUACAUUGAAGAUAAAUUGGCUCACCAAGGUCCUAUACCACUGCAUCUAUCCUUGAACUCGACAGUCGCAGAGCUCAAGAAAAAAGUAUUUGCAGAAUUUGAUAUACCAGUUAACGUACAACGUUGGAUAAUAGGAAAGAAUUUAGCUGAUAACGACGAUCAUACUCUAAACGAACUUAACGCUAUAGACAGAUCUUCAAUAUUUCUCUACCUAGUUGCACCAGAUUUACAGAAUGACGAAGGAAUUCGCCCUGAUAAAGUGGUUGCUGAAGAGGAGGCUGCUGAAGAGGUAAAAAUAACUGCGGCUGUUGAGGAAAGAACGGAAGUGGUACCAGUCGUCGAAGAAGAAGAGGCAGAGGUGAAACCCGAAGCUGUUUUGCAGGAACCUACUACGAUUGAUGCUAAAGAACCUACGAUAGAAGAAUUGAAAUUAAAGAGAUACGAGCACCUUAUGUCGUUGGAAAACUCUGACGUGAUUCCAAAUUCUGUACCCAUCGAAUGCCCUAUCUGUUUUGCACCUUAUGGACCCUACGAAGGAGUUAUUCUCAGGGACUGCUUACACAUGUUUUGCAGAACUUGUAUCGCAAAUACAAUUCUGUACUGUGAUGAAGCUGAGGUAAAAUGUCCAUUCAGGGAUCCAGAGUAUACAUGCGAGUCAACUUUGCAAGAGCGUGAAAUCAAAGCGCUCGUUACUCCUGAAAUCUACGAGCAACAUUUGGCGAAGUCGGUAUCACAGGCAGAAAAUAAUGCAGGAAAUAACGCUUUUCAUUGCAAAACACCAGAUUGUCGAGGCUGGUGCAUUUACGAUGAUAACGUCAACGUUUUUCUAUGUCCUGUAUGCGGCGUUAAUAAUUGCCUUACAUGUCAGGCUAUUCAUGCGAAUAAGAAUUGUCGAGAAUACCAGGACGAGAUUCGACUAUUGAAAGAAACUGAUCAGGAGACAAAAAGAACAGCAGCCGUACUCGAGGAGAUGGUUGAAAGUGGAGAAGCACUAGCUUGUCCAACUUGCGCGGUUGUACUUAUGAAAAAGUGGGGCUGCGAUUGGCUUCGCUGCUCAAUGUGCAAGACUGAGAUAUGCUGGGUGACGAGAGGACCACGUUGGGGUCCGGGAGGUAAAGGAGACACUUCUGGAGGAUGCAAAUGCGGUGAGAAUGGAGUAAAGUGUCAUCCACGUUGUAACUAUUGCCAUUGAAGAGUGCCCGCUAAAAUUCAAUCACUUAAUAGUUCAGCCGAUUCACGGAUAUCGAUGAAUGCCGUAUUUUCACCGCUUAGUAUUGUUUGAUUCAUACAUCGUCUAAUACAUAUAUUUUUUACUCAUAAGCUUUAGUGGUAUUGGUGACAGUAAAUGAGCAAUCCGAGUAAACGAUUAAAUGCAGGUAUAUUAGUGGAAGAAUCAGCCACGAUAAUACUUCGAUUCUUCUCUCAUUGUCAGAAAAAGCAUCGUCAAGUUAUAGUCGUAUGUAAGCUGCUCAUCAUUGAUUCGAUAUUUUCACUUACCUGAACAACAUAAGGCAAUCAUUCUUUGAUGGUUACAUCAAUAUAUGAAGCAAAAACAAGCAAUAACGUUCUUACUUUUUCUGUUACAUAUUCUAUUUGAUGGUAGCUGAUGGAAUGAAAAAUAUCAAAAAAUUUGUAUAUUUGUAUAUACGGUCACUAUAUUUUUACCGAACAAUUAUUUGGCAAGAAAGCGAUUGUAUUCUACAGUUUUAAUUAGCUCGCGAAACGGAUUCAUUGUUCGAGCUCACGUUCAAUUUUAAUAAAUUGGUUUUGGAAGACUUACAUUAGCAUUAAAAACAGCAAUAAUCGGCGUUAAAUGCAACUAAUGUGAUAAAAUCAGUCUGCAAAAAUCAAGACAGCGAUAAAUUGUGGAUGUUAUAGUCGGGAUAGAAAACGUGAUAUACCAUUGUAUUUAUACAUGAACUAUUUAUGUAAAUAUUCUCUUCAGGGAUAAAGCUUUGAUAAUUUAAAGAACAGAAUGAAAAGAAAACUGUUAUCUUCUUCAGAAUUAUCACGUUGAAACGAUAUCAUUAUUUACAUACUAAUAUUCAUAUAUCAGCAUAUGAAAGAAACAUACAUACAACAUCAUUUCAAUUGCGUUCCUACAUUUUUGUAUCUUUGAGUGAUUUUUAUUGAAAAAUUAAUGUAACUCUUUGAUGAAUAAAUUAUAUUUACGAA